GUGAGAUAUAAACUAAACUAAAAAUAUCUAAAGUAGAAAGAGGAAAUUUUCAAAAAUUAAAUAAAACUUAGAGUUAUGAAGAAUAUCGCCAUGCCCAAAUCUAUUGCGCUGCAUUUGUUGUUGUGUGUGCUCCUGCUCUGCGCCAAGUGGUCAAUGUUUGCCACUGCUAGCUGCAACACUUGCUCUGUUGAUAAUAAUCUGGCCUGUGUCUCAGAGACGCAAUUCAAAGUGUGCGUCAAUGGCUCACCAACUGGAUCCGCGGCCAGCUGUCCCACAGGCUACGUUUGUUCCACACAGAACGCCAGCAUUUGUGAGCCCAGUGGCGGCGAUGGUGUGGUAGGUGAUUGUACGGCCUGCAACACCUGUGAUUCUACCAAAACCUUCGCCUGCACUGGAAUACGCACGUACGCCUUGUGUCUUGGCACAACCACAGUUAGCGAUUUGGGUGGAACCUGCGCGCCAUACCACGUCUGCAGCAUCGAUUAUGAAUACAUCUGUGGCAAUGCGACUUUGGGGAUUGAAGCUACUUGCCCCAGUAUUGACGACACAGUCACAACUACUGUUGCAACUUCGACGGCUGUGUCAGACCCUGCGGAAUAUUGUGCAACGGUUCAACAAAAUGGACGUUUCCCAGUUGGCAAUGAUCUUACCACCACCUGCAAACAGUACGUUUACUGCUUCGUGAACAGUGGCGUAUGGAGUGGAGCUCUUUAUUACUGUCCUGGCGCCACUUAUUUCAACAGUUCAUCCCGCUAUUGCACUGCAAAUGUGCCAGCACGUUGCCUUGGCACAACCCAGGUGCUGUCACUGAGAAGCGCGGACUUGGAUCUUGGUUGGAAUUAGAACGCGAUAGAUGACUUCUAGUAUUGCAAAGCAUAAUUGUACAGAGUGCAUAUAAAUAAGGAAAUACAAAAACUUAAAAACUUUCA